AUGCCUUUUCUGCCAUGCUUGAAAAAAAAGAAGUCACCUGUGCCUUUAGGCAGGAGUAUCUUUCAAAAACACACCCCACCCAUCCAGCAGAACUACCAGGCCUUGCUGGAGAUGUGCUUGAAGAACAAAUGCCUGUUCACAGAUGACAGCUUCCCUGCUCACAUCAGCUCUAUUGGAACAGGAGCACUGCUAAGGAAACUACCCCAAAAUUUACAGUGGAAGAGGCCACAUGCUUUGCACAGAAGUCCAGUAUUUUAUGCUUCAAACAGAAAGCAACUUGAUCUUUGCCAAGGCUUGGUGGAGAACUGCUGGUUCCUGGCGGCCCUGGAAGCCCUGACGUUCCACCAGGACACCUUGGCUGUAGUCGUGCCACAAAACCAGAACUUUGAGAGGAAAUACGCUGGCAUUUUCCACUUCCGGUUCUGGCACUUUGGUGAAUGGGUUGACGUGGUGGUUGAUGAUCGCCUGCCAGUGAACGAGGUGGGGGAGCUGGUCUUUGUUUCCUCAGUCUAUAAGAACGUGUUCUGGGGAGCCCUUCUGGAGAAGGCAUAUGCUAAACUCUACGGCUCCUAUGAAGAUUUGCAGAUUGGGCAAGUUUCAGAAGCCUUGGUGGAUUUUACCGGUGGUGUUAAUAUAAGGAUCAAGCUUGCAGCAGCUCCUCCUGAUCUGUGGGAUAUCCUGACAAGAGCAACUUACAGCAGAUCUCUCAUGGGCUGUCAGACACAUUUAGGGGCAACAAAAGUCCUGAAGAAUGGGAUUGUUUCUGGCCAUGCCUACACAGUAACUGGUAUUAGAAAGGUGACCUGUCAAUAUGGACCAGAAAACCUAGUGAGACUGAGAAAUCCAUGGGGAAAAAUUGAAUGGAAAGGAGACUGAAGUGACAGCUCUUACAAAUGGGAGCUGCUGAGCCCAAAGGAGAAGAUUUUGCUGAGGAAAAAGAAAGAGGAUGGAGAAUUCUGGAUGUCUCUGCGAGAUUUUAAGAGUCAUUUUGUAGAUCUAAUGAUCUGUAAAUUAACUCCAGACCUGAUGAGCCAGGAAGAUGGGAAGAAGUGGAUGUACUCCCUGAAGAGUGGGAGAUGGAUUAAAGGAAGUACAGCAAGAGGAGGUCUGGGAUUCUGUAAUGGCACCUUUUGCAUGAACCCUCAGUACUGGCUGAAUGUUUUACCAGUUGAAGACAGUAAGAAAAGCCUGGGUUCCUGCAAUGUGGUUAUAUCCCUGAUGCAGAAACACAGCAGCAAACACCGGAACCGAGCUCCUCACCUCGUCAUUGGAAUUUCACUCUACAAGGUCAACAGAUACCAGGAAAGCAACAGAAAGCUGCCCCCAGCUUUCUUCACCCACCAUCAGCCUGUGAACAAGCACCAGGUCUUCCUCGAUGAGCGGGAAGUGACUCAUGACUUCCACCUGGAGCCUGGUGUCUAUGUGAUUGUCCCAUCCACCUUGGAGCCUCAGCAGGAGUCUAAAUUCAUUCUGCGGGUCUUCUCCAGGAAGCAUGUUCUUCGGGAAAUGGGUGGGAACCCCAGUUUCACCCUCUGUAAGGAAAUUGUUGAUAGGUAUGAAGGCAAGAUUUGGGAGGAUUUCUUCACAAAGGAUUUUGAACAGAAUCCUGAAAUAAAUGUUGUUCAGCUCCAGAGGAUCCUGAAUAAUAUAUCUUGGAGAAAUAAUCUGGAUGCCUGCCGGGUCAUCUUGGCACUCCUGGGUCUGAAUGCCUCUGGCCCACUAAGUAUCCAGGAAUUCAGGGUCUUGUGGAAAAGGCUGCUUUUCUAUUUGGAAGUUUUCCAGAAAAGAGGCACUAGCAGAUCAGGAAAGCUUGACCUCAUGGAACUGCAUGCAGCUGUACAGGAGACAGGCAUUUCACUCAGCAGUGAAGUCUGUAAUUUGAUGGCAAUCAGAUAUGGUGACCCUGACUUGAAGAUCAGCUUUGAGAGCUUUGCCUUUCGCAACUUAACACAAGAUGGCAAAGGGAUAUAUCUCCGGGAAUCUGAGUGGAUGAUGAUGACACUGUAUUCCUGA